AUGACUCAGAACAUAGAGGAACCCUCAGAGACUUUUGGAGAUAUUAACCUCACCCUUGGCCUGCUGAACAAGGAAGAUAAUGUUAGCAAGGAAGACAUUUAUAGUCAUCUCAUUUCCAUUAUUCAGACUACUGACAUCUUGGAUGAUGCAAUUGUCCAGCGUUUGAUUUGUUCUUCUUCUAAGGACAUGAGAAAUAACAAUAUCCUCAGAGAAAUCAGAAUGCUAGCUGGGGAAGUUUUGGUGUCUCUUGCAGCACAUGAUUUCAACUCUGUGAUGUAUGAAGUACAAACUAACUUCAGGAUCCUAGAGCUACCAAAUGAAUUCACUGUACUGGCCCUGGCUGAGCUGGCAACCAGCUAUGUGUCUCAGAGCAUCCCCUUCAUGAUGAUGACACUACUCACCAUGCAAACCAUGCUCAGGCUGGCUGAUGAGGAAAAAAUGAAAGAAGCUUUCUGUAUUGCCCUUGAAAAGUUCAGCAAAGCCAUUUAUAAGUAUGUCAACCACUGGAAAGAUUUUCCCUAUCCCAGAUUGGAUGCCAACCGACUGUCUGAUAAGAUCUUCAUGCUGUUCCGAUAUAUAAUGGAGAGGUGGGCCCCCACAGACUCUCGAGUUCAAACUUUAGCCAUCAUUAAGGCCCAUGGCCCUGCAGUAAGUCUCCUGCUACAUCGAGAAGAUUUGUGUGAAUAUGCCCUGAGCCAGAUACCCUGGGUCUUGAACCAGUAUAAGGACAAAGAGAUUGAUUUCCACAUAACUCAGAGUCUAAAACAAAUAUUAACUGCUGUUGUCCUUUAUGGCAUUGUCCUUCCGAAGCCCUUGCGAAGACUCAUCUUUACCAAUUUACUCAAUCAGAUCUGCAAAGUUCAAGAGCCUCCAGUCAAGGAAAAUGAAAUAGAAGCAUCAAGCUGUUUCCUCAUUCUAGCCCAUUCCAACCCUGCAGACCUGGUUGAAUUUUUUGAUGAACAAAUAAGAAGUAGCAAUGAAGACAUUCGAACAAGAAUCUUGCUUUUGUUGAGACUGAUUGUCAGUGCUGAUGAGCCUAAAUUAAGGGACUAUGCCACUUCAAUUGAAAGAACAAUCAAAGCCAUCAUGAAUGAUCUUAAUAUAAAAGUGAGGAAUUCUGUCCUCCUCCUCAUCCAAACCAUGUGUGAAAAGAGUUAUGUGGAAGCUCGGGAAGGAUGGCCUCUGAUUGAUUAUGUCUUCUCCCAGUUUGUACUUUCUAACAAAAAUCUGGAGAAGGCAAAGAAGGAGAUGACUGAAAAGGGAGAGAUAUCUGUGAGAGAAGCAAGCCUAGAGGUCUUAAAAACCCUGGACCCCCUGGUGAUUGGGAUGCCUCAGGUACUGUGGCCAAGACUUUUGACUUUUGUGGUACCUGCAGAAUAUACAGGAACCCUGGACUACCUAUUUAAUAUCAUCAGAAUUCUGAUUAUGGCAGAAGAGAGGAAGAGAAAGAAUGCCAAGGAGUCAACAGAACUAGUCCUCUCUACAGGAGUUGCCAAACUUCCUUCACCACAUCAGCUCCUGGCAAGACUUCUGGUAAUAUCUAUACUCGCCAGUUUAGGAGAAUUGCGUGGGGCCGGUGCUCUAGGACUUCUGAAGGUAUUGCCUGAGAUAAUUCAUCCAAAAUUGGUUCCGCUCUGGAAGACACGAAUACCUGAUCUUCUACUACCUCUAGAAGGAAAGAAUACUAAUAUGGUGAUAUGGGAAACCAUACUGCUUCAGUUACUCAAAGAAUCUUUACAGACGAUCAAUGAUGUAGCUUGGACCAUUCAACUGAGUCGUGAUUUCAGCAAGCAGAUGGAAAGUUAUAGCAAUAGUUCCAUUGAGAAGAGAUUCCUUUGGAAGUCCUUGGGAACUACCUUAGCAUGCUGUGAAGAUAAAGACUUUGUAAGCUCACAGAUUAAGGAAUUUCUGAUUGCUCCCAGCCAACUGGGGGAUCAACGACAGGGAAUAACAUCUGUUUUAGGAUUUUGUGCUGAGAGCCACUUGGAUACUGUCUUAAAGGUUCUUAAAACAUUCCAAGACCAUGAAAAGUUUUUUAUGAAUCGAUGUAAGGGUAUUUUUUCAGGGAAAAAGAGCUUGACCAAGACUGAUGUCAUACUGAUCUAUGGAGCUGUGGCCCUCCAUGCUCCCAGAAGCCAACUCCUUGCCAAGCUUAAUCAAGACAUCGUAUCCCAAGUCUUGCUUCUUUAUGGUCAGUGUAGUCAGGUUCUGGGCAUGUCUGUGAUAAACAAGGACAUGGAUCUGCAGAUGAGUUUCACACGAAGUAUCACGGAGAUUGGCAUUGCUGUCCAAGAUGCUGAGGACCAGACAUUCAAGUUUUCCUACAAGGAGGUGUUACUCAGUUACAUGCUGGACUUCGUCAGGGACGAGCCCUUGGAUUCCUUAGCUACUCCCGUUCGAUGGAAAGCCUUAAUUGCCCUCCGAUACCUCAGCACACUGAAACCGACAUUGUCACUAAAUGACCAACUUAAUGUUCUUGAAGAGAAUAUCCGGAGACUGCUGCCCCUUCCACCUCUUGAAAAACUGAUAGAUGAUGGUCAGACAGACCAAGACAAGGAGCACAUUAAAUUUCUCUACCAUCGAUCCAUGGACGCCCUAGGAAAGCUGAUUAAAACCAUGAUAUGGGAAAAUGAGAAAGGAGAAGAGUGUGAAGAAAUGUUUAAUCUUCUCCGAAUGUGGCUUGUUUCAAACAAAGAAUGGGAAAGAGAAAGAGCCUUCCAGAUAGCUGCAAUGGUGUUGACAGAUAACGUCAAGGCACCACAGAAAUUUAAAAUCGCCUCAAUCCUUGGAGUCCUGGUUCCUCACUCCUGCGACACCCUAUCUACCAUCCGUCAGGCAGCCACCAGCUCCACUAUUGGUCUGUUCAAAAUAAAAGGCAUUUGCAUGGACGUGGAAUGGCUGCAGACUUUGCAGGAUGGGCUGGAAAAUGAUGACGCUCAGGUCCAUAUGAAGAUUUCUUCUAAAAUAGCGAAGACUUUAAGCAGAUUCAUCCCACGUGAAGAAAUUCAAAGUUUCCUGGAGGAAAUCCUGGAUGGUCUAGAGACCCUCAAUCUCAUGUGUUCAAGGGCCUGUGGCAUAUGGAUGAUCACUGUCCUGAAGGAUCAGGGAGCCACUUUGGAGGAUCAGCUGCUGGAGAUUUUGAGCAUAAUUUACCAUCACAUGCCAGUCCUCAGACAAAGAGAGGAAAGUUUUCAUUUUAUGCUGGAAGCCAUCUCCCAGAUAGCCAGCUUUCAUCCAGAAGCAGUUGCUGCCAAUCUUUUACAGAAGCCUCUGCCCUUUGACAGGGACACAAAGACAUUGUGGAAGUUCCUGGCUGAGAACCCAGCCUCCAGCGGUAAACUCUUGCGAACCUUAGUAGAUAAGCUGGAGACCCAAUUAGAAGAUGACAUAGUGGGAAUCGAAGCAAUUUCAGUGGCCUGUGCUAUGUAUGAAGUGGUGUCCGUAGGCACCUCUGUCGCAAGCUUGUACCCAGAGCUGUUCACUCUUCUCCUGAAGCUAGUCAGCUGCAGCGUGGGCCAGAACAUGCCUACUUCUCCUUUAAGGCGCCAUCGGCAGCUGUUACAACAGGGAGAGCAGCACCAGAUAGCAGACCCCUGCAGGCUCUCAACCACAACUCUGAAGUUUGUCCAGGCCCAGGCCAUGAAAGAAGGCCUUGCCAAAGAGUCUGAGGAGGGGGACAAUUUGUGGACCCUCCUCUGUAAUCCCAAUACCCACCACAUAGGAGUAUGUGCUCUGGCCAGGAGCAUGGCAGUGUGGCAAUAUGGUGUCAUCCUGGACAUCAUGGAGCAACUAUUCCCGUCUCUCACCUCCUCCUCAGAAAACUACCGGAUUACGGGCACAGCUUUCUUCUGUGAGCUCAUGAAGGAGCCAGUACUUUGGAAGCACGGGAAUCUACGAGAUGUGCUGAUAUUGAUGGAUCAGAGUUCCUGGGAUUCCAAUGCCAUUUUGAGGCAAAUGGCCAUCCGAGGGCUUGGGAAUGCAGCUUCUGGAGCUCCACACAAGGUGAAGAAGCAUAAGCAGAUACUCUUAGAAUCUAUCAUCAAAGGCCUCUAUCACCUGGCCCGCACUGAAGUUGUCUGUGAAAGCUUGAAGGCUCUAAAAAAGUUUCUGGAGCUGCUCACAGACCGAGACGUGAGCUUCUACUUCAAAGAAAUUGUGCUGCAAACAAGAACCUUCUUUGAAGACGAGCAGGAUGAAGUUAGACUGACUGCUAUCCUCUUAUUUGAGAAUCUGGCAUCACUAACAGGAAGAAGGUGGAAGAUUUUUUUUGCUGAAGAAAUAAAAAAGAGCAUGAUUUCAUUCCUUCUCCACCUCUGGGACCCCAAUCCCAAGAUUGGCAUUGCUUGCCGUGAUGUUCUGACCAUCUGCAUUCCCUUUCUGGGCCUCCAGGAGCUCUAUGGCAUAAUAGACCAGCUCCUUGAUGGUCAAGAACUACCAAGGGCCAGAGAUUUCUACAGGCAAUUCUGUUUGAAACUGGCAAAGAAAAACCGGGAAAUCCUAUGGAUCCUCCACACCCACUCAUUCACCUUCUUCAACAGUAACUGGGAGUCUAUCAGGAGCUCGGCUGUCAAACUAACAGAUGCCAUUGUUCUCAACUUGACUGGCCAAUACAUGGAAUUAUUAGACAGAGAACAAUUGACUGCACGGCUCCAAGCACUUCGGCAAGACCCCUGUUCCAGUGUCCAGAGAGCAGCCGAUAUUGCUUUGCAGACUCUUCUGAAAAGGUGUAAAGAAAUAGGCAUACCUCCAUAA